AUGCAUUUGCUAUCGAUUGCUACAAAGAUAAUACUCGCAAAGAACAAAGAAAGACCAAAGAAAGAACACAAAACAACGUGUCUGAGCGGAAAUUUUUGCAAAAAAUUCACUGAGACUAUAAGCAAAGACACAGUUCAUAGAUAUGGCUGUGGCUCGGAGACGUUUGGACAGCCAUGCAAUGUAAGUACAGACGGCUGCGUUAAAUUCCAAGGAACCACUACGUGCUGUUGUAGCAAGAAUCUCUGCAAUGGAUCAUCGGAACUUCCAACUUUUCUGUCAUUUGUGACAAUUAUCAUUGUGAAGCUCAUAAUUUAAUCUGAGCGAGGAUAAAAGCUAUCAAGAGUUGAAAGAUCUGCUCAUUUACAAAUAUUUCUACAAGUAGCUACUGAGCUCGUCUUUUACCAGAAUAGAAAGUGUACACUAAAAUAGAUGCAACUCGUUCAAACAAAAUCAAUUAUUAUUUACUACAAUUUGGCCGAUGCUGAAGAGUAGAUCAUCUUUCAA